UUGCGCUCUAUUCAGUGUCUGUGGAGCCUUUGUAAACUGAAACGCGGUUUCAACCUAGAGGCUACAUCGCAGUGGGGGAAUAAAAUCAUGAAAGCAAUCGUUCAGAGGGUUUCAAAAGCCAGCGUGACAGUUGGAGAGGAAAAAAUAAGUGCCAUAGGGAAAGGCAUUUGUGUACUACUGGGGAUAUCAGUAGAGGACACGCAAAAGGAUGUUGAGUACAUGGUCCGUAAGAUUCUGAACUUGCGGCUGUUUGAGGACGAGAAUGGGAAGCACUGGAGUAAGAGUGUGAUGGAUAAACAAUAUGAGGUGCUGUGUGUCAGCCAAUUCACACUGCAGUGUAUCCUCAAGGGAAACAAGCCCGACUAUCACUCGGCCAUGCCUGCUGAGCAGUCACAGCCUUUCUACAACGACCUCUUGGAACACAUGAGAAAAGCUUACAAGCCGGAAUUAAUCAAAGAUGGAAAGUUUGGAGCCUACAUGCAAGUACAUAUUCAAAAUGAUGGUCCUGUCACUAUAGAAUUGGAGUCUCCAGCUGGUCCCAUCGAUGCAAAGCAGCAGUCAAAGCUGGAGAAGCAGCAACGGAAAGAGAAGAUGAGGGCUAAAGGCCCCUCGGAGUCAGGCAAAGAGAAAGCCGCCUCUCGUCCUAAAGUGGACCCCAGUGCCAGCAGUGGAGCUGAGGGAGACGUGUCUUCAGAAAGGGAACCAUAAACACUGAAGUGGUCCUACUGUUUGGACUUGAUCUCGACAAAAUCCCCAAAAGCUUGAUCUUCAUUGACUUCAAAACAUUUUCUUGGGCACCUUUUACUGAACAGAGUAGCCUGGGGAAUGAGCUGUCUCACACUGACAUUCACAUUAAACCAAAGGAGUCCACUGCCUUGAGUUUCUUUCAGAAGUUCAUGGGAAGGAGUUGAAAAAAAAUGAGGGAACUAAGAAAAACAACCUGGAACAAAUUUGAUCAUGGCAGGACCAGGAAUGAGUCAUUUGUUUUUACUUGAGCUUUUAGAGAUAACCGUGUGCGGGGAAAAUCAUAGUAAAUUUGUAAAAUGUAUGUGUUGAAUCUUAAAAGGUAAAUUCUGUUUUUGAGGAAAGGAAUACUAGAAUUCAUUUUAAACGUUCAGCUGUCUCCUGUGUUCUAGUACUGUCUGCAUGAAUCACAGAAAUAUUGUUGUAUAUUCAGUCUGAAAACAUCUGAAUACAUUUGAAUUGGCUAUAAGAACAGUAUCUGCCUAUCUUUAUUCCUCCAUUGUAUACCAACAUAGCAGGAAAUAAACUGGAUAGAUGGGAAGGGAUAUCUAACUAGACCAAACGUAAAUCAAAUUUAGAUUGAUUUGAAGGGCAUUUGGAGGGGGAAUUUUUUUAAUCCAAUGAAUUCACUUUCUUUUCAUUUUGGUAAUCCAAAUUAAAUUGCUCUGAAGUCUUCAUUAUUAAAACACUUUUGGAAAGUGGUUCAGUGUCAGCUGAGAUUUUGUCCUUAGUAUCCACACUUUGUCACUUUUGUUUUGCUAAAGUAGAGAGCACAAUUUUAAUACAAGGAAGAGGCUCAAAUGAGCUGAUCUGGGAACCGGAGAAAUGCGAGGUUACAGGUUUCUUGAAACCUUAUAAAAACCAACUCAAGCAAUUUUAAUUUCUUAUGUUCCUUUUAAAACUUGAAAAAAGAUGAUACAAUAUCUUUAGUAUUGUGUAUACGAUACAUUUCAUGCCACCCUCCCUUAACCUUUCAGAAUGGAUGAAAAUAGAAAUAAAACUUGUUACUUUAAAUGCAAAAUCAGGGUAAUGUAUAUGAAGAUUGACCAAAGUUAAAUGUGAAAUGAGGCUUAAUACCACUCAUUGGUAUAAGCAUUUUUCACUGUACCAUCUUAGUGAAAGGAAACUUCUGAUGAUAAAUGUCUUUUUGCAUUGCAUGUGCUGUGUCCUUGGUUUAUGUGUAAAUAUUGCACACCAGUUUGCUUUCAUACCUGAUGCCUUAGUGUGUACAUUCAGCUGAAACAUGGAUGGAACUGCACAUUUGAGUAGAUAUAGUAGAAAAUUUGAAGUUGAUGUGUUCUUUAUUUUGUUAUUGAAUAUGUAACAAAGUUGAAUGUUUCCAAGCGUAAAUGUGCUGUUUUUUUGUGUUUGUGGUAUCCCUAGAAUAAAGGCCAAUACAACAUGUUUUAAACCUUUAAUUCAUGUAAUUCAGUAAUGGAGUUUAAUAAAACAUCCCUUUUAUCCAGGUAAGGGUAAACUUGUUUCCAUAGACAGACGGAUUACUGUGACACGUUUUAUUACAAAAGUCCUUUUGUGACUUAUUAACACAUGAAACAAAGUAAUUUCACAAGUCACAAGUGGUCAAAUUUGGUCCUUUAAAAUUGCAGGAUGUUCACAAUUUCACAUCUCUAAGUUUUUUUAUUAAACAAAAGACACUCAAGUUUAAUACCUUUGUUUAAUAUUGAAGUUAAAUGUUAAUAGUAAAAUCCAUUGGGUAUUCUUUCACAGCAAGGAAGUUGACUUGUUUUUGAAAGGAUUUUUUAAAUUUUGUUACAGUAAUAGUUGCAAUGUCCCAUCCAGCAUCCUGACACAAUUUGUGUCUUAAAUACAAAUUCAAUGAUAAAUCAUGGUGAGAUUUCUUCUUUGAUUCUUUCGUUAUUUUUCUUGUACUGAGAAAAAGGUGAUUUUGUAUUUAAUGUCAAAAGUUUUAUGUUGAUGUCUGAUGUCAUUUUUAUUUCUUGAUACUAUGUAAAGAUGUGUUUGUCUAAUUAGACUAUACAGUAUGUAGUAAUUUGAUGUAUAACAGUCAAACUGUCCACUUAAGUGAAGUGUCCUGCCUAGGUUAAUUAAUCAACAAUUGACAUAUCUUACUUGGCAUAGCAAACCCUCUGAUUUAGUAAAAAGAAAAAUAUUAGUUUUUAAGUGCAUUAGCCCUGGGAGUUGUAUCUUUUAUAUUUUCUAUUAUUCCCACUUGUUAGGUAAUGUAAAACUUUCUAAACUUAUAGGAAAUGUGCUUAUGAGCUGACAAUUUUAUGGUGUUUAGCUUUCCUAGAGUAUUUGUGAUUCUCCUCAUUAGGUUUCCGGUGGUAUCGCUCCAAAAUGUUGGAAAUAACAAACCGGCAUUUGGAAGGUAAUAUAGGUUCUUAAAUUGCUAUUUAAGAUGUUAUUUUAUCAUUAACCAUAAAGGUCUGAUUUUUGUUAAAUGAGGCAUUACAGCAGCACAGUGCAUAUGUGUGUUUUUCUCAUUUUGUGUUGUUAAUUGCGAAGUGUCAACAUGCUCUGCUUUGACUGUAAUCCUUGUUUUCUCUUAAACACUAAUUAAAUUAUUUUAUUACACA